AACACUCAUAGUAGAGUAACCAAAGGAGAGUAGUGCAAUAACUCAUUGUACGUUCCUAGUGUGUGGGAGACAAAGAAAGAUGGCUAAGUGGUGUGUUUUGGUGUUGGUUCUUGCUCUGGCUCUGGCCACAAGUGCCAGAAAUGUUCCCAAUCCCAAGGAUGCUGGUCUCAAGGACCAGAAGAACUUCAUCAGCUAUGGUGGAGUUGGUGCUUAUUCGGGGAUUGGUAGCAAUGGGCUACCUUUUGGAGGAGUUGGUGCCGGAAUAGGUGGUGGUUUUGGCGGUGGACUUGGUGGCGGUCUCGGUGGCCUCGGCGGCACUACCGGUGGAAUCGGAGGGUUCGGUGGUACAGGUGGCGGUGUAGGUGGUGGUGGCGUUGGAACCGGCGUUGGUGGUGGCAGCGGUGUUCUUCCUUUCCCUUGAAAUGAUGAACAUGCAUGCAUGCAUGGAUGCGUGGCUCCUAGCUUCUUCACGUCUUUCUUUUUCGUUCGGGAAAUAAUUGUGGUUUAAUUUGUGCAUGUAAGUGUCGUUAGUCGUUCAAGCUUUCUAGUGUUUCUCUCGCCUGUGGAAAGUAAAAAAUAGUUAUAAUGUGUCAUUCUGUCUUUCAUUUGCUUAGGUUUUGUGUCAACCAUAGCACUCAUAUACGUGGUUCUUUUACAUACGUGGUUCUUUCAUUUGGAAGUGAUGCAAUCAAUAUGAGUUACAUUUACUAGCUACUUGCUUUUUUGCCCGCUCUCUCUA